AUGCCUCUGAACAAGACCGACCCAAUAGUUGUUGUCGGAGCUGGGGUAUUUGGACUUUCCAUUGCCUUGGAACUACGACAACGUGCCUACAAGAACAUUACGGUGCUCGACCGCAUGCUGCCGCCUGUUGCUGAUGGGAGUAGUAAUGACACAAGCCGCAUUAUUCGCCCUGACUACGUGGAUACCUUCUAUGCUAGACUUGCUACUGAAGCUAUUGGUCUAUGGAGAGAAUCUGACCUGCUCAAGCCAUUCUACCAUCCAACGGGAUUCGUUCUUGCCUCUGAGAAGGCUCGUGAUGAGUAUCUAGAGCAUGGUAAACAAGUCCUCUCACAACAAGGGAAUCGUUUUCAAUCCUUCCAAACUACCGACGAGUUGAAGAGUAUAAGGCCCGAGCUACGGGACAUAACCUUCCCAUUCUCAGGAUACAUUAGCCAUAACGCUGGAUGGGUAGAUGCAGCAGGCGCUGUGAGAGCAGUUGCCGAACGCCUAGGAGAACUCGGCGUGUCCUUUGUCACCGGACCCAGAGGAACCAUGACGUCUCUAAAGACAAAUCAAGAUUCGCAAGUUGUUGGUGUCAUUGUUGCUCACGGCCCGCCCAUCCCAGCAUCCAGGGUUAUCCUAGCUACAGGAGCGUGGACAAACCACUACUUGAACCUUGAUGGUGCCAUAACAUCGUCGGCGCAGCCAGUCGGCUUUAUCAAGCUCACUCCCGAGGAAGCCCAUACCUUGGGCAAUAUGCCUGUGGUCGACAAUAUGACAUCUGGCUGCUUCGUGUUUCCGCCUACGCCAGACACGCACGUUCUCAAGAUUGCUAGGCAUAGCCACGGCUUUGAGACCAGCAUCGCCCCAGACUCGCAAAGUGAGCGCCGCAUUUCCGCACCCAAGAGGGACUCGAACAAUGCCGCCGCCUCGUGGAUUCCAGAGGAUGCGGAUGCAGCGUUCAGAAAGGCGCUGAAACAACUGGUGCCUAUCGCGGCAGAAAAGCCUUGGGCACGGAGGCGCCUGUGUUGGUACACAGAGACACCCCGGGGCGACUUCAUCGCCGAUCAUCAUCCUUCCCUCACCGGGCUAUUUGUCGUGACUGGCGGCGCAGGGCAUGGCUUCAAGUUCCUACCUGUCCUGGGUCGUUACACCGCAGACUGCUUCGAAGGAAAGGCGUCAGAGGAACUACAGCGCAGAUGGAAGCUUCAUGUUGACGAGGAUAAGGCUCCUCCAGGUCCAAUUGUGUGCAACGAUGGGAGUCGUAGAGGUCCAGCUCGCCGAAAGCUUACUUCUGUAGAGCAAGCUAAGCUUUGA